UUUGUGAAACCUAUUAAUUGCUGAUUAAUACACGAAACAAAUCAUAAAGAUUUUCAGUAAAUAUGUCGAAAUAUUGUGCUGUCUUUUUGGCAAUAAUUUUGUGCGGAAAUGCCUCAUCUUCGGACAUUUCGAGCAUCUUAGACGAUCUAGAGCUGGAAGGUGAAAUUGAACCAUACGCAUUUGAAAAUACAAUCAAUGCAACAAUUCAAAGUCUCAGAGCAAACUUGCCUGAUCCCUUAAAUCUUGAUCUUACAAUUCCUCAACUUACUUUUACCGAUGCUCUUAUAAAUGGUACCCUGGAUCUGUCAAAUCCCAGUAUUAUAGGACUACCAACUUUCUUGGUACCUAAAUUAAAGUUUCAACUAAUUGGGUACAAAUUGAAUAUUACAAUUUCGUUCCCCACGCUUCAAGUCAGUCCUAUCUAUGAUACAGAUUUGUUUCUCUUGACCGUUUUACCCAUUUAUGGAAACGGCACGGCAAACGUUUAUCUGAAUGAUCUUAAGUUGGCUAUCUAUCUUGAACUCAAGACUUCGCCUGCUUUGAAAAUUGAAAACUUCCGAAUUGUUAUAACUUUAAAGGAUAUAAAGCUUGACAUUGAGGGUCUGUUAUACGAUGAGGAAUUCAGUAAAUUUGCAAGUUCUGUGGUAACAGGCCUUGCCAAUACUUUUAUUACUCCUUACAUCAAUGACAACGCUGACCAAAUUAGUGACACACUUAGUCCGAUAAUCCAAGACCUAAUUAACGAAAUCAUAAGUGGAAACAACAACAACAGCGAAACCAAAACAACACCAACUACUAAUGCCCCAGUUACAGAUCCAGAUUCUGAAGCUAAAGUAACCAUCAAAGAAUUACACAAUCUCUUAAAAAAUGCGUUACCUAAUAUUUUUUGAAUAUACGAAAUAAAAUAAAACAUAACAAAAUUAAAAUUGCAAUUAAUUAAACACAAAUAAAAAAUAAUUUAUUUUUUCUCA